AUGGGGGCCGCUCUCUCUACCAGCUGGGGUGCAAUGCCAUCCAUUGAGGACUUUUCCCCUCCAACACCAGCAGCCUACACAGGGGUGCUAGCCGCAUUCCAGUACUUCCCAGUCUUCUCGGUCAUCCAAUGGUUCUUAUCAUGGCAUCCAGCAGGCAAAACCUCCAUGAAAAGCUCCAUUUUCAACCUACCUGGCCGGCUAGCUUGGUGUAUCAUGGAAAUCCCAGGCCCAGUGGUCCUGAUCUACAACCUCUCUCAAGCCUCACCAAGCUUCUUUGAGCUACCAGCACCUAAUCAGCUCGUCGCUGCGCUCUACUGCACUCACUACCUAAACCGUGCAAUAAUCUCACCCUUCUUCUCAGCGCCAAGCAUGUCCCCCAUUCACGUAUUCAUCAUGCUUAGCGCCGUAGGCUUCAACUGGCUCAAUGCUUCCUGUAUCUCAGGCUGGCUAAUCGGCUACGUCAUCCCGAUCCCAGGAUUCAAGACAGACGGCGCUUCAGCUUUGAACCCGGCAUCAUUCGGUUUCACUCUCGUGCAGAUCCUCCCUUUCAUCGGAACGAUCUUGUUCUCCUUGGGCAUGGCAGGAAAUAUUUAUUCCGAAACGGAGCUUUUCCGGCUUCGGAGAGAGUCAGCUGAGCAGCGCUCUUCUAAGAAAUCGGAUACCAACACUGUGAUUGCGGACUCGACCGGGAAGGAUGGUAACAAGUUCCACAAGGUGUACGUUAUUCCCCCAGUUGAGGGGGUCUUCCGCACAAUCUUGUACCCGCAUUAUGUUUUCGAGUGGCUUGAAUGGGUUGGGUUUGCGCUUGUUGGGACGGCUGUCUUCCCGCUUUCUGGAAUGAAGAAUGUUGCUCCGCCUCUUCAUGCUGCGCCGUGGGUUAUCCCUGCGGCUUGGAGUGCGGAUCUCCUGGGCAUCCCACUUCCGUUGCCGGCUGUUCUGUUUGUCAUCAAUGCUGUUGCGAAUAUGCUGCCUCAUGCCCGGUGGGGGCGUAGGUGGUAUGUGGCAAAGUUUGGGGAGAAGGGAGUUGCUGGGCGUGGGGCCGUUGUUCCUAGGUGUGCAUGGAUGUAA